AUUCUAGAUUUGAGUUUUGGGGACAAAACUCCUUUUUAGGAGGGGUGGAUGUAAUACCCCAAAAUUUCUAGAGCAUCAAGUGAGAGUUAGGGACCUAAUUGUGAAGAAAUACUAUUAAUGAACUUAAUGGCUAAUAUGUUCAAAGUUCAAGGACUUAAAAGAAAGGAAAUUAGGAUAAGGAUCAGCUGAAAUUUUGAUUUCUUUUCUUCCCAGCCAUACACGUUUCUGCUCUGCUCUUCUUCUUCGUGCAGCCCGACAAGCCCCCCCCAAAGCCACCGACUUCCUUUUCCUUUGAAAACCGAAAAAGGGGCUUGAAAUUCUCCUUCUUUCUUGUUCAAUAACAAGAUUUAGGACCUAGAACACUCUCCUAAACCCAGAAAAUCUCAGAUCUGCGCUGUUCUUCCCCUUGCUGUCCGUCGGCCUCUGCUAUCCGUGAUUUCUGGUCUUUUCCUGCUCCCGUGACAUCCCUUCCCCUCUCCCGAUCUCUGCCAAGCUCGCCAGAUCCGGCUGCUAUUGCUGGAAAUAUUCUGGUAAGUUAACAACCCUCCAAGCUUGAAAUUUUAUCAAUUUGUUGCUGCCCUGUGUUGUCCGAAAACCCUCUGUUGUGCUGUCCGAAUUUCUGCAGAAAUAUGGGAAAAUUGUGGGUAGCAUAAAAUGGGUUUUGGGUUGCUAAUUUGUGUAGUUGUCCCGGGAAUCAUCUUUGCUGUUUGAAGUUGUUUUUAUGCCAUUUUAGUUAUCCUGGAGAAAUUGUUCUGAUUGAUUGCUGGAAAUAGGGGAUGAGUUGGCAGCCCUUAAAUGUGUUUAGUUGUUUAAAUUAUGUGGAAAUUACUUGAAUUGGCUGCUGUGAUGUUUUGUGUGAAAAUCCCGUGUGUGAGCUGUGGUUUGCCAAAGCCAUGCUCUCCUGCCCGUGAGAAAUGGGGAGUUUUGGUAGAUUAAGCUUAGUUUAAGUGUAAAUUAACUUGAUUGGGGUUUUGUUUGGUUGUGAGAACGUGAUGGGAAAAUGAAAAGGAAAUUGGUUAUUAAUUCUUGAAUAUUUUGAUUAGGUUCUUGAUCGUUCUGUCAGUUUAGUACGUGAAUUGAGUGCUCAGUUUUGCGGAGUGAGGUAAUAUGACCCGAGACACGGAAACCACAGGAAGUGACGAGUUAGAAGGCUAGCCAUUUCGAGACUGAUAUAGAUUUUAGAAAUAAAUCAUGUUUUUUGUAAGAUAGAUUUUACCUUGUGAUUUUAAGUUUAAGUCAUGUUGGACAUAGAUUUAUGGAAUAGAGUUUGGGAUUUGAAUAAGUUCCGAGCCUUGUGCGUUUGUGGGACCCGUCUCAUGAGUGCACGGCGUCUGUCGCGCCUCGGAUUUGGGUUCUGGGGCGUGACAGACUUCUAUCAAAUCAACUCUAGUUGCUUUUCGAUCAAUAAACUUGACUAAAAUGUGUUUGCAAAAGAUGGUUAGCAAACAUCAAAUCAGUAUAAAGCAUUAUUUUGGUC